GUAGCUGGGAUCAUUGCUUCUUUGUAACUGAGAGCUCUAGACAUAAAGGAGAGGUCUAAAGCAAGCGAAUUCGGCUUCUGACCAGGCGGCGGAGCCCCUCGCAUGAAGGCGACGGGUCUGCCCAGCUUGCCCGCCCGGGCUCUGGGCGCGGCGGGUUGCUCGACAUCGCCUCGACCAGCGGCCCUGGGAUGGUCCUCCCGGGGGUGCGCCUCUGGGCGGCGGAGAGCAUGCGCGCGUGUGCACGUGGCUGAUGCUGAGGCUGUGGCAAGCGGUGUUGCCGCCACGGAGGCGGCCGCGGCCGUGCCGGCGCUGCCGGCCCGCGCCACGGCGGUGGUCGCCCCCCUGCCGGAGAAGAACUACGGCAGCCUGCGCGGCGGCCGCUGGCCCUUCCUGUACGACAACGUGUACGGCCUGCCGGUGGUACGGCAGGUGGCGAGCUACGGCGAGGUGCUGGAGGGCAUCAGGACGGGCCGCAUCAGCCAGGUGCUGUGGUUCCAGGCGCCCCGCGCAGUCACCGCCUCCGCCGCCGCGCCGCCGCCGGGUCUGGGCGGGCCGCAGCAGCCGCAGCCGCCGCCGCUGGCCAGCCCCGACGGCCGCUGCCUGGUCCGGUUCGCCAACGGCCAGGUCAAGCAGGCGGUGAUCCCCCCCGGAGAGCCGCGCAUCUCCCAGGCGCUGCAGCAGUACGGCACGGCUGUGUCGUACAUCCCGCUGGAGCCGCGCUACAUGCCAGAGCUGGCGGCCAUGCGGGCCCGGGGGGCCCAGGAGGCGGUGCUGGGGGAGGUGGACACGGGCGCCGUGGCCACACCCGUGGAGCUGCCCGAGGACGAGCGACGCGGCGCGGCGGUUGGGCCAACCGCCUUCGAGGCGGUUGCCGCGUACGGCAGCCCGGAGCAGUUGGCGGCGGCGCUGGACGACAACUACCAGGCGGCGGCGGGUCAGGUGGCGGCGCUGCUGGCGGAGCGGGAGGCCUGGGUGGCGGAGCAGGAGGCGCUGGAGGCGGCGGCGCGCGCCGAGCGCUCCAUGUCGGACCGCGCCGGCGGCGGCGGCGGCGGCGGCGGUACGGCGCUCGUCCCGUCGGGCGGUUUUAGCGUCGGCGCCUGGCUGGACUCGAUCCAGCUGACUAAUGAGCAGCAGGCCAUGGUUUUAAAAUACGUGCCCAUCCUGGGUCCCAUCCUGGGCAGCGGUUUUAUUAUUGGGCUGUACCUGCUGGCUCGGCUGGUCAAGGGUGACCUGACGGACCGGCUCAAGAUGAUGGACAGCGAGGCAGACAAGAAGAAGAAGACGGCGCUCAAGGAGGCGCGCAUCGCCUUCUUGGAGGAGGAGGUGCCGGGCCUGGUGGCCAAGGGGGCCAGCCUGGGUGCGUGGCGUGUGUGUGUUUUGGGGGUGGGGGUUGGAGGGGGUGACGAGGAGGGGCCUGGUGGCCAAGGGGGCCAGCCUGGGUGAGGGGGUGGAGAGAGAGCACCCGGUGAGUGUUGGGAAGUAUGGGUGCGUGUUUGGAGGGUUAUGGGAUGUGGAGGGGUGG